AGCACAUGUCUGUGGAGGGCAGAGGGAGCCAACUUCUAGCUGAAUCAUUCCAACUCUCCUAGAUCGCCUGCUGCCAUCGCUGUGCACUGAAGGAGUUGCCCUCAGACACUGCUGCUCUCUCCCCUUCACCCCAAGAACUCAUUUCUCACCAUGAGGCUGCUAUUUCUUCUCUUUCUCCUCCUUGUGUGUAUGGCUCAGACAACAUCAGGGCGCAAAAGGAAUUCAAAAUUUCAUUCAUGUGAGAAAAUGGGUGGCAUUUGCAAGUAUCAGAAAACCCACGGGUGUUCCAUCCUGCCUGCAGAAUGCAAGAGUCGUUACAAGCACUGCUGUAGGUUGUAAUGGCAGCUUGCUGACAUGUGCAGUCCUGCAUGAGAGUAGUCACUGCUCUGAUUUCUGUGAAAUAAAAACACCAUUACGUACAGCU